AUGAACUGUCAUUACAGAGGCACUGCUGCUGCUGCUUUAAUCCUGCAUAUAAUGACAUUCUAAGUCAAUCCUUUGUAGAGGAUACCUAUAAAAAGUAAUAAUUUAAAAAUACUUCUAUUCGCCAGAUAAACAGUAAUCAAAUGCCAUUGUUUGUGCGUAAAACUGACAAAAAUCAUAAAAACCAAGCUGAGAUUGCAAAAAUGGAUCCAAAUGGCAAAUCAAUAAUUGAUAAAAUAAUGGAAGACAUCAGUGAUGGAUCGACCACAAAGCAAUUAGUGCUUGGCACUGCAUCCGGGUUAAUAACAGGCUUGAUAUCCAUGAAAGUUGGUAAAGCUGUGGCUAUGGCUGUUGGGGGUGGUAUCAUAUUGCUGCAAGUUGCAAAUGAAAAUGAUAUUGUUAAAAUAAACUGGAAUAAAGUAAACAAGAAGAUUGACAAAGUCGUUGAUAAUGUGGAGGAGAAAAUCUCUGGCCAAGGGCCUAGUCUCAUGGAUAAGAUGGAACGUUAUGUAGAUAGACAGAUGGAUAAAGUUGAAGAUAAAAUUAAGCAACAGCAAAAGAAAGCUAAGAGCUGGUACUCCAAAGAAUACAAAUACAAAGGAACUUUUGUAUUUGUCACAUCUUUCGUCGUUGGAGUCGCUAUUGGAAUUGCUGCAUCUUAACAACAUUACAAUUUUUACUCCUUCUGUUUUGUAGCAACAAAACUGGUAUUAUAUAGUAAAUUAUUAUUGCUAAGUAUAUUUCAGCUUCUUGUAAUAACUCAAUGAAUGUAAUUAUUUAAGGAACAAUAAACAAUGUAAAA